GCACAUUUCCUUCUCUCCUCUCGCCGGGACGCCGCCGUGGUCGCGAUUCCGCGACCUGUCCGACGCGCCGGUCUCAAGAGUCAGCGCCGCACCACCUCCUGUUCUCGAGACUUGCGCUGCCACCGUAGCCUCUUCCCGGCCUUCAGCCGGCGUCUCCACGCCGGGGCGUCGGUGACGGGUCCUCUGAAGAAGACGGCGUGUUCUCGCCUUGGGCGUCUGCCGGAGUCGAGGAAGACGCCAUGAAUUGGACUCGAGCUAUCGCAUGAGGUCGAUCUGGGGUCCUGCAACGACGGACCGGCUUGCGGUGUGCAGAUCCGGCGACAGCGCUCAGCCAAAGCCCGGGUUCCGGGCCACGGAGCGGUCGUUGCCACUGUCGCGUCAUCGUCGUGUUGCUAUACCAAUCAAGGAAAGGAAGGUGACGAGGUCUUAACGAACACUGAUAUUGACAUCUGAAAAUGUUUGCAACUUUAUGCUAGAAGACUGUCUUGUUGCUAUGGAGAAAAUUCUUCAUUAGAUUUUAUACUCGAUAGUGUUGGGUGUUCUUUUAGUGCCAAAAAUGGAGCACCUCCCUGUUGAAGUCAUUGGCAACAUUCUUUCCCAUCUUGGUGUUGCACGUGAUGUCAUGGUUGCCUCUGUGGUAUGCCGGAAGUGGUGGGAUGCCUGCAGGAGGCACCUUCGUUUGCUGUCUUUUAACUCCGAUGACUUUCCUCGGGACAUGACUACACGUCAAUUGGAGAUUGUUAUCACACAGACUAUAUUUCAGACAAUGGGGCUGCAAUGCCUCUCGAUUCAUAUAGAUAACACCCAUGAGUUCUCUGCAGCACCAGUGAUUGCCUGGCUCAUGUAUACCAGGGAAACACUCCGGAGCUUGUCUUACAAUGUCAGGACAAUACCUAAUGUAAACAUUCUGGAAAAGUGCGGCAGGCAGAAGCUCGAAGUGCUAGAUUUGGACCAUAACACAAUCACAGGUGUUGAACCAAGCUAUCAGAGGUUCACCUGUCUGAAAUCCCUUUCCCUGAGGCAUGUCAGCAUUUCAGCAUUGGAUCUGAGCCUUCUAGUUGCUGCUUGCCCAAAGAUAGAGUUAUUAGCACUUGAUGUCCUUGAGGUUGUCACUUCAGAUCCACAAUCUACAAUGGAGCUCACAAGCCAUACAUUGAAGAGUCUUUUCGCAAAAUCAGUAGGUGUAGAUAAGAUCAUACUUGAUGCAGAUAAUUUGGAAGUUCUACACUUGAAUGCAUUGAAUCUUGAUCUGUUUGAGCUUAUUGGGAAAAGAACACUAAAACAUCUUAAGAUCGAUGACGUCAGUGUUACACAUUUGGAUAUUGGGGACAGUACUGAUAAUCUGGAGAUAGUAGAUGUGAGCAACUUCACAAUAGUCUGGCCUAAGUUCUAUAAUAUGAUAUCCAGAGCAUCCAACUUGCGUAUGCUACGAUUUUGGGGUGUUGUAUUUGAUGACGAGGAUGAAAUUGUGGAUUCAGAAACUAUAGCUGUUUCAUUUCCUCUUCUUAGGCAUCUUUCAUUGAGCUACGAAUUACGAGACGGAUUGCUCCACUACAGCCUCCAGGGUUCAUCACCGCUGGAGAAUGUCUCAGUUCUGGAACUUGGUUGGACAGUAAUAAGUGAGCACUUUGGACCCUGGGUGUUUGGUAUGAUUGAAAGGUGUCCAAAUCUCAAGAAACUUGUUAUUCAUGGUGUUCUUUCUGAGGCAAAAACACGAGAAGAACGCCAGAUGCUAGCAAGCUUCACCUCAUUUAUAGUCUGUCUCAUGAGGAAGUAUGUGCAUGUGGAUGUACAAUUUGAGUAUGAGUGACAUCUACUAGGUUCAAUGGCUGUCCUAGUUCAGUUGAAGCCAUGGCAGCAGGUAACCUUUCCCAAAAAUUUCCUUUUUGUAGCAUCACAACAUUUUAUUCAGCAUGAUCUUGUUACAGUUUUUGUGAUCUCUUCGUGAUAUUGGCUUUUGUAGAUGGUUUGUAAGGGUCUCAUGUUUGUCCUGUAAGAAUCUUUGAGUGCAAAAUCCUUAGUGUCAAAAACAAAAUUUCCAAAACAACUUAUUCAAUUUCAGGCUCUUGGAAUUUUGAUGUAAUUUUAUAGAACUAGAGUAGCUAGCAAGGGCUUAAGAUAUUUUAUGGAAGGAUCCCAAUGCUAUAUUUGGCUGUUUGCUCCUUCUUAAUUUAGCUUAAGGCUGCACUGUGUAUAUUUAUGUGAUAUAUCGGAACAAACGUUCCCUGAAUACAAUUGUUAUCUGAUUGCUGUGUCUCUUAGCUUAAUGUAUGUGAUAGUGAUUGGCAAGCAAUUAUAUUUUUGAGUUAUUAACCUUCAUGUCCAACGGAGACCGCUAGAGGCACCAGUGCAUAGUGGUAUCCUAAAGCACGACGGUAAUAUGAGGAGAGGCAGGGGCCGGCCGAAGUUGACAUGGGAAGAAACAAUUAGAAGAGACUUGAAAGACUGGAGUAUACCUAGAGAUUUGUCCUUGGAUAGGAGUGCUUGGAAAGCCGCGAUUCACGUGCCGGAACCAUGAAUAAUGGUCUUUGUUGGGUUUCAACUCUAGCCUACCCCAACUUGCUUGGGAUUAAAAGGCUUUGUUGAUGUUGAUGUUGUUGAUGUAUUAACCUUCAUGUAUGUACUUUUAGAGAAAGGAAAGAAGAUGCUGGGUACUUUUUUUAUCAUUAAUGGUUUUAUGGCAAAGAUGUGACUUUCGUGAAAGCCAUCAUUACAGACCA